AUGAGUUCCCUCAGUUCUGAUGACAUCGGGUUCAUAGGUCUCGGGGCCAUGGGGCUCCCGAUGGCCCAGCAGCUCAUUGCGAACGUGCCAGCCCCUACUCGGCUGUACGUGUUCGAUAUCGCCGACCAGGCCAUGAAUGACUUUGUAGCCAUGUAUCCGCACAAGGCAGUUGCAGGGAAAUCGCCCCGCGAUGUCGCAGAGCAUUCAAAAACCAUCAUCACCAUGGUCCCAGAAGGGUCACACGUACGGGCCGUCUACCUUGACGAGUCGACAGGCGUAUGCUCUACUCCGCUGGACACGAGACUGCUCAUCGACUGCUCAACAAUCGACACCGCGACAAGCCUGGCAGUCAAAGCGCAUAUCACCACGCACCAUGCUUCGGCCUCCUUCUACGAUGCCCCAGUCAGCGGCGGGGUUCUCGGCGCCCAAAAAGGCGCAAUCGCAUUCUUCCUAGGCUGCGCGAAGACAGACCCCAACCUCCCUCUCCUGACCGAUACGCUCCGCCUGAUGGGAAAAGAAGUCAUUCCCUGCGGGGGACCGUCGCUGGGCUUAUCAGCAAAACUGUGCAAUAACUACCUAUCCGGCUUGAUUGCGAUCGCCAACUCCGAGGCGCUGAACAUCGGGAUGCGUGCUGGACUAGACCCGCGGGUCCUUUCUAGUGUCUUCGCGGCUGGGACGGCGCAGAACGCCAUUUGCGAUCGGUUCAACCCCUGUCCUGGGGUUGUGCCGGAUGCGCCGUCGUCGAAGGACUACAGGACGGGGUUUAAGAUCCAGCUGAUGAGGAAGGACUUUGCGCUGGCGGUGGCCAUGGCGGAGCAGGUUGGGGCACGCUUGGUCUUGGGAGAGGCCGGGCUGAAGACGUAUGAGGAAGCGUCGGACGAUCCUCGAUGCAGAGAUCGGGAUUCUCGGGUGGUUUUUCGCUUCUUGGGAGGGGACGAGUCGUGGGCUGAGAAGUUUGACUGA